AUGUUGCAUUUACAACCAAAUAAUUUACUAAUUCAGAAGACUCUGAGUGAAGCAAUUGAGGCAUACGGGAAUGGUACCCCAUUGACGCUGGACCGUAUUAUUUCAGACUUUGACUACACUACUUUCCACAUCUCCAAUGCUUCUGAAGACAAGUUGACGCUUGCUUUGAGCAUUCGGACCAAGGCAUGGCAAAGUGUUUCGCAAUGCACUGGUGGCCCCGGAUUGGUAGCAUACUUGCAGAGCAAGUAUGCAAAUUACAGUGGAAUAUCUGCGUCUUCUGUUCCCGAAAGUGGAUACGAUUACACGUUGCUACUCGAUUUGGGAAAGCUACAACCUGAAGCGAUGAAGGACUUGUCAUUACUAAAAACUUUGGUUCUUGGCUAUGCGUUCCAGUUGGCGUUCAACGAAUUUGUUACUUUAAGUGCCGCACCAGAAGGUACGGAGUCGGAAACGAAUAUUUUGCACACUAUAAAGUAUAGAGACGAUGAGAAUUUAUUUAUCAAACCUUCAUAUGACCGUAUUACUGUUAUCUUCGAAACGAUAUUCCAGGACGAAACGGACAAAGUGUUUGGUAAAGUCUUUCUACAGGAGUUUGUCGACGCUAGAAAAAGAAACCGCAGUAUUCAAUCGGCCCCACAGGUUCUUUUCUCGCAUGAGCCGCCUCUGGAAUUACAGAAUGCAGGUGCAGUAGCUAGUAUGAAUUCUAGCGACACCAGUAGGAGGUUUAUCACGUUUGUCUUAUUCCCACGUCAUUUUCAAACCCCCGAAUUACAAUUCUCAACGUUGUCUCAUCUCACACUUUUCAGAAAUUACUUCCAUUAUCACAUUAAGUGCUCCAAGGCUUACAUGCAUUCGAGAAUGAGAUACAGAGUAGAUUCCUUCAUUAAAGUUUUGAACAGAGCCAAACUCGACGAGGAAGAAGAGGAUAUUGAUCAACAGAGCAAGCAGCAGCAGACUAGAAGAACGAUAACGGGCAGAAAGAUGGUCUCAUAUUAG